AUGUGGCGCGUCGGUUGGACCGCCACUGCCAGGGAGUUCCAUGGACAAGGCAAUGAAGAGCUUGGCGUCGCGGAUGCAGAGGUCUUGUUCAGGACUAACGGUCCGGACCUCUCUGCCUUGGCUCGCGUCGCCGAUGAAGUUCGCGCCCGAAAUGUUGGCCAGGAAGUCACGUAUGUCCGCAACCGCAACAUCAACUUCACGAAUGUGUGCGUGAAACGCUGCGGCUUCUGCGCCUUCAGCCGAACCGGGAUCGACCAAGAAGGUUACUUCUUGCCACUGGAGGAGAUCUUGCGUCGAGCAGGGGAGGCGCAGGCGUUGGGAGCGACGGAAGUCUGCAUUCAAGCUGGCCUGCCGCCUGACAUGGAUGGGUCUCUGUACCCGACCAUUGCGCGGGCCUUGAAGUCGGAGUACCCUUCUCUGCACAUCCAUGCCUUCUCCCCGGAGGAGGUCCUCUGGGGCGCUCGGCGAUCCCAUUGCUCUGUCGAGGAGUACUUGCUGCAGCUGAAGGAAGCCGGCGUGGGCAGUCUGCCGGGAACCAGUGCCGAGAUCUUGGACGACGACCUGCGCCAUCAGGUGGCCAAAGGGCGCCUGUCGGUGGCGCAGUGGGUGCAGGUGAUCUCCACGGCGCACCGGUUGGGCCUGCCCACCACGGCCACCAUGAUGUUUGGUUUCUGCGAGUCGCCAAAGCAUUUGGCAAGCCAUUUGGUGCUGCUUCGAAGUCUCCAGAAGCGGGCGCAGGAGGCUGGCCAACGGGGCUUCACAGAGUUCGUGCCCCUGGGCUUCGUGGCCUCGGAGGCGCCCAUGUGGAAAGAGACACGAGCUGGCGUGCGCGUACGGCCGGGUCCAACUGGAGCGGAGGUGCUUCGUGCGCAUGCUGUGGCCCGGCUGGUGCUGAAUCCUGCGCUGCCCGGGGGCAUCGAAAACCUGCAGGUCAGUUGGGUCAAGGAGGGCUUCCGCAUGGCGCAGCUCAUGCUCCAUGCCGGGGCCAACGAUCUCGGCGGUACCCUGAUGAACGAAAGCAUCUCCACGGCAGCCGGUGCCCAACACGGGCAGCUGGCCAAGCCGUCGGAGCUUCGGCGUCUCGUUUGGGAACUGGGUGGGCGCUCUGUCGCGGAGCGGUACACGACGUACGAGAUUGCACGGCGCUUCGAGAGCCCGGCGUCCGACUCGUGGGAAGAUCUCGAUGAGGCCGAAGCCCGCGCAGAGACAUCCCGGGAUGCCCCCGCGGAGUCGUUGGAGAAGAUCUCUGACUCCACAGCCACCUUUGGGUCUUUCCACAAGAUGAUCUCCUCCUCGGACUAUCGGUUCCGUGAUCGGCGGCCCUCUGACGGCCGGACCGCGUUCCGGCAGGCAGGCGGCUCCCUCCCAAAAGCCCCGGGCUCCGGCGCGCAGCGCUUCUUCGCGUCUCCGCGCGCCGCGGGGCGCGUGGUUACGUACUCUCCAUCCUACACCAUGAUCCCUAGCUACGAGUGCUUCAACACGUGCACUUACUGCAAUUUCCGCAGCCCAGUGACGAAGGAGGGGCGAGACUGGAUGUCCGAUGAGGUGGCCCGCCAGCGCCUCGAUGCCCCGAGCCUCCGCGCCGCCGGGGUCGACGAGAUUCUGGUUAUGGCCGGGGAGGUGCAUCCCAAGGCGCCCAACCGGGCGGCGUGGGUUUCAAGGGCCGAGAGUAUCUGCUCGCUUGCUUUAGAGUGCGGCUUCCUUCCCCACACGAAUAUUGGGCCACUCAGCCGUGAUGAGAUGGCCCGCCUCAGGGCGGUGAACGCCUCGAUGGGCCUGAUGCUGGAGCAGGCCGCUUCCUUGUCGGUGCACCGCUUCGCACCCAGCAAGCAACCUUCCGUUCGUCUUGAGCAGCUUCGCCAGGCCGGCGAGCUCCGGGUGCCGUUCACCACUGGACUUCUCAUCGGCGUCGGCGAGGACGCCAGCCAGAGGCUUCAUUCUCUGGAGCUCCUUGCACAGCUGGCCGAGGAGUUUUGGCACAUCCAGGAAGUGAUCCUGCAGCCGCACUCGCUGGGAACCAGCCAGCGGCUACAGCCAGAGACGCAGAGCCAGGAGUCGCCGAAGGCUCUAUUCGGCCGGGAGGCUUUAGAUGCGCUUCCCGACCUGGUGACCGAGGCACGGAAGAUGCUCCCCCAAGAGGUCCAAAUCCAGGUGCCUCCGAACCUCUUCCUGCAUGGAAGCUUUUCCAAGGCAGGAUGCUUCAAAGGUGUGUUGACUUUGGGCAGCAAAAAGAAGAAGGCCGAGCAAACAAAGAUGUUGUUCCAAGAAGAUGGCGACGUGCUCAUAAUGGCAGGAGACUUUCAGGCAGAGUUCCAACAUGGCGUGCCGCCGCGCAGCGAGUGGGACAGCUUGAUGCAGAACCCAAUGUUCACUGCAAUGGAGGCUUGGGAGAAAGCUGGGGUGAUGCGUGAAAUCGAUUAUCAUCAGAAUGCUCCUCCAGGGGUCAAGCAUGAGAUACCUUGA